UAUCACUAUAGUCGAGCUACAUACUACGACCCACAAUGCACCGAGCUACGGCAUGUGCCUUUCUGUGUCGGCCAUUUUGUAGUUUCCUUGAGAAAUUGUGUUGAGUUGAUUCAUCUUCUCGGUAAGAAUUUUAUAAAAUUCUAAAACGGCGCGACUCACAUUGAUCCAAAUGAUGUAGAGGAUUGAGGGCAGAUGCUUAUGGCUAACUAUUCAUAGCUUGAGAACGAGGAAUAAGGUUGCGUUUUUUGCGCACAACCGUGUGCGCUCACGGUACUUACACCCGAAGAACGAGCCAGUAAACGAAGCUGCCAAGAACACCUAUUGAUAAAGGCACAUGGAAUCCGGGAUUGUUUCGGAAUGAAUGGUGAUUUCGGUAACGAUAUACGAUACCCAUAAGUGUACUGUCCAAGUGGUUGUCACCAUAUCUGCGUGCGUAAACGUGUUGGCCCGGCCAACGUCUCGCUCUAUAUUUGGCUAAUCGCAUCCAACAUAUUGCAUAUCUUGCCUUUUCAAAAUUUUUACUUUUCAUGCCGUAACCUUUUCCAAAGAACUAUAUCAGAAGGAUACAAUGUGACGUUUAAGUGUGAAUGCUUGACGAUUGCACAUUGGUACUGAACAAGACCAAAUCUUAGCAUGUGGCACGGGUACGUGUACAUGAAUGGGGACAUUGGCAAGCUCCCACCAGGGGCGGUCUAUCCAGCCACCCCUGAACCUUUGGGUUCUGUUGGAGGUGCAGUUGGAAGUACUGCAUCCAAUCUGGAGUAUAACAUCAUGAACGGAGUACCAAGUGGAAAUGAAUUGAUAUUGGAGGCGGGUGUUGGUAAUUUAGAACCUUCACUGCAACAUGCUAUAGGUAUAGGAGGUGCUGCAGGUUAUGGUCCAGUGGAUGUUGCUCCUUUAGGUGAUGUGCCAAAUCAGCCUGCUCCAAUGGGUGAUUUAUCUGCCCCUGGUAUACCAUUGGAACAACUUAAACAAAUGCUCUCUUCACAGCUUGAAUAUUAUUUCUCCAGAGAAAAUUUAGCUAAUGAUACAUAUUUGUUAUCACAAAUGGAUAAUGAUCAAUAUGUACCAAUAUGGACAGUAGCAAAUUUCAACCAAGUAAAAAAAUUAACAAAAGAUAUAAAGCUUAUAACGGAGGUUUUAAGAGAAUCUCCAAAUGUACAAGUUGAUGAAGAAGGGCAGAAAGUAAGACCUAAUCACAAGCGAUGCAUUGUGAUUCUUCGUGAAAUACCAGACAGUACGCCAUUAGAAGAUGUAAAGAAUUUAUUCUCUGGAGAAGGAUGUCCAAGGUUUAUUUCAUGUGAAUUUGCCCAUAAUAGUUCUUGGUAUGUAACUUUUGAAUCUGAUGAAGAUGCUCAAAAGGCCUAUAGGUUUUUACGAGAAGAAGUUCGGGAAUUUCAGGGAAAGCCAAUAAUGGCUAGAAUCAAAGCUAAACCAAUGAAUAGGCUACCAAUCCCUGCAGUUGCCAGUGUGGGUGGUAUUAAAAAUGGUUAUAGAACACCACCACCACCUGUUUAUGAUCCAAAUAGUUAUACAGCUGGGCAGCAACGCUUCCUUUAUACAAAUGGUACUACUAUGCCACAAACUACCAUGCCGCCAUAUGCCAAUCAGGUUCAUGUAUAUCAUCAACCAUUUUAUCCUCCUGGAAUGAUGCCUUGGGGACCUGCAAGUCCCGCUUAUUUCGAUAUGUCAGGUGUUUUCAUGAAUGGUAUUACACCACAUAACACGUUUAAACCACAUAACACAAGAUACACUCCUCGUUACAGAAAUAAGCAAAGAAAUGGAUCUGAAAGACCAGGCUUGAUGGAUGGCGGAGGUAAUAUGGUGCCAAUGGGACGUACUUCACAUCCGCCUAUGAGUGGGGCACCAAUAUCUUUAGGAGCAACAGUUCCAACUUUUACUUCGAGCUUACCUACGGUGAAGCCAACUUCUUCUUCCUACCAAACCGGCACAAAGUUCCAUUCCUCACAUACAACUGCAGCGACUGGAGAGACCCAUUAUAACAGUAGUCAUUCGAAAGGAUCCCAAGAAAAUGACGCUCAAACUCUGGACUCAGGAGUACAAUACCCGCGUCACCGUAUGCAUCGUAGAACCAAAGACCAAGAGUCAUUAUCAAAGGCUAAUAGUAGCCCCUUACCAUCAAUCAGAGAAUCUACCCCGGCCAGUAAUAAUAACACACAAUGCAACCGAGGGGUACAAUUUGAUUUGGAAGCUUCUGCUUUCCCUCCUCUUCCUGGCCUAGAUGCUGAUCUUGCAAAAUCCCAUAAUGCUUCAGUAGAAACUGUUGGUACAGAUUGUACGCAAUCGCAAAAUAGGCUUUCAGAUGUAGUUAAAGGUACUGCAAAAUUGAAAAGCGUCAAAGAAAAAGAACCUACAGGAAUUUCACAAUAUCAUCAACAACCGACAAGUAACAGCAGUAGGUCUGCAAGCCCAGGGUCAAGUGCUGGUGGUCAUGCUGGUUCGCUAGAAGCUCCAACUGGUUCUGGCAAUACAUCAACUACUCCCGUUGCAUCUACAAAUGUCAGCUCUAAUGCUUCUGCUAGCAACAAUGACUCCACAGACAUCGCUCUCAGCACCAUCACCCUCACUCCCCCAUCAUCUCCUGAUAAGUGAGUGUGCUUUCUUCUUAUACAUACAUGCAUACGUCGUACAACGUACAGAUAUAAACACACACAUACAUACGUAAUUACAUACGUACAUAGAACAUUUACAUGCAUGCAUAUAUACGUAUAUGUAUGUUAUACAUAUAAAAUACACAUACGUAUAUAUGCUUGCAUAUGUACAUACAUAAUCUGUGUAUGUGCAUGUGUGUAAUAGAAUAUAUAUUCUUCUCUUAUUGUAAAAGCAAAUAGUUGUUUAAUUAAAUUUCUAAAUAUUGCUUAUUAUAAAUUAUUGUUAAAGUUCUUUAAUUGCUUUUAAUGAUACAUUGCAUAUAUUAUAUAUGUAUAUAUGUAUAGAUAUACACACAAAUAUAUACAUACAUAUAAACAUGCGCGCACAUACACAUAUAUCAGAAUGACUUAUAUACAGGCAAUCACAUAGAGCCUGAAAAGAUUGCUAAGCUGUGUUUGAUAGUGUUGGCUGCAUUAUAUGCGUGUUAUGCUCUGUAUGGUGGAUGUGUAUUAGUGAAAAUUAUAUAGUCCACCUAUUUUCAUAUCACCUAUAUAAAAAGGAAAGGGAAAGUAGCUCUGUUCAUGGUAGUUUGUUACUUUCAGUUUGUUACUUUCAGUUAUAUUUUGUUAGUAUAAUACUGUAAUAAUGUUAAAGUUUAUGCUUAUUUACUAAUUCAUAAAUAGAAUGGAUAAAAGUAGUAAAUUAAUUACUCUGACAAAAUAAAUAAGAAUAAUAAAUACUAAAAUAUAUAUUUUAUUUUUGGAAAAUGAUUUUACAUUAUAUUAAUAAUAAGUAGUCCAUGUAUUAUAUUUUAAUUUGUCAAUAAUUAUUAAUAAAAAAUACCAAACAUAUUUUGCAAUUAUUGUAUUUUAUUUUUAUGGAUGUCUUAUAAAACUUCUUUAUUUCUUAACACAAUUACAAAAAUAAUCAUAGAUAAUUGUUCUCUUAAUCUUUUCAAAAAUAAAUUUAUUUUUAAUGUUAUUAACACAUAUCUACACAUAAAAAUUUUGAAAUUAUGUAAAAAAAAUUUUUUUAAUGUUAUUAAUAUAUAUUUAUACAUAAAACUUGAAUUUAUAUAAAAAGUUUGUUUAUUGUGCUAUAAUUUUCAAACUUUCCCUUUCUUAAUUAUGUUAUACUCAUACAUAGAAUAGUAAGGAACAGGUAUAUCUUUCCUGAAUUUACCAUUAUUUUAUUCUCUAUGGUGGUUAAUUUUGUAGAAGUGCUCAGUUGUUCCAAUUUGCCAUUUAUUUUUAUCAUUACUACAUCUUUUUUCCCCAUCGAGUGAUAAGUUGUUUAAUAUUGUUUGGAAUGUCUUGCUAGUAUGGUUCUUCCUUUGAAGAAUAGAUUUUUUAAAUAAGAGCUGGUGCUCCACUUGAUGAAACAGUAAAUUUUAAUUUUAAAGCAUAAAAUGCUCAAACUCGAGAUAUUCAUUUGAUACUAAAUAGUCAGAAGUUUUAUCAUUCUUUUAUAAAAAAAAAUAUUGCAAUGCGUAUGUAUGCAACAAUGUAUGCAGUACUCUGUGGUAGCACAAUUUAUAUUUCUUGCCUGUAUUACUGCGGCAAAUCAACAAUACAUAUAAACUUAUAUUAUUCAGGGUUCUUUAAUACAUAAUAAUUUGUUAUUAUUUUAUUAUUAUUUUAUUAUUAUUAUUAUUAUUAUUAUUAUUAUU